AUGUCAAGAGAUAGCCGUAUUUACGUUGGUAAUCUACCCACAACUGUUCGGGCCAAAGAUGUGGAAGACAUAUUCAGCAAGUAUGGCAGAGUACUCUAUGUCGAUUUGAAAGACCGACGACAACCAUACUUUGCCUUCGUGGAAUUCGAAGAUGUUAGAGAUGCUGAAGAUGCCGUUAGAGGUCGAGAUGGUUAUGAUUAUGAAGGUUAUCGGCUUCGCGUGGAAUUUCCACGAGGUGUAGGACCGAGAGGACCUGGAGGUCGACCGUAUGAUACUGGAAGAGGUUUUUCGUCUCAACGUGUUAGUUCUGGAGGUGGUUCCAGUGGCGGUCGACGAACAACGUAUCGCGUCAAGGUUUCGGGUUUACCUGCGUCAGGUUCGUGGCAGGAUUUGAAGGAUCAUAUGCGAGAAGCUGGUGAAGUUUGUUACACGGAUGUACUACGUGAUGGUACUGGCAUUGUCGAAUAUGCUUGCUAUGAAGAUAUGAAGUACGCUAUUCGCAAACUCGAUGACACAAGGUUCAAGUCUCACGAGGGUGAAACGUCGUACAUUCGAGUUAGGGAAGAUAAUGGUGAUUCGCGUGCUCGUUCUCGUUCUAGGUCUCCGGUUGGUCGUGCGACUCGAGGUUCGCCCGAAUACAGUCCUCCACACAAUAGCAGCAGAAGUCGCUCUCAUUCACGUUAA